CAAAAAAAUGCGCACUUUUUUUAUAUUACGAUUAUUAUAUAUUCCACAAAUCUUGGCUACACUCUCCACAACAGAGACUUAUGACCCCACUAUCGAGGACUCAUACCGAAAACAAGUUGUUAUUGAUGAGCAGCCAUGCGUGCUUGAAGUACUGGAUACCGCUGGGCAAGAGGAGUAUACCGCGUUGCGUGACCAAUGGAUCCGCGAUGGUGAAGGCUUUCUUUUAGUCUAUUCCAUAUCGUCACGCUCAACGUUCGAACGCGUUGAACGUUUCCGUGAUCAAAUAUUUCGCGUCAAAGAUGUCGAUAAUGUACCCUUGAUGCUUGUUGGCAACAAAUGUGACAAAGUCACCGAGCGCGAGGUUUCGCGUGAAGAAGGUUAUGCCAUGGCCAAACGACUUUCCUGCGACUUUAUUGAAACAUCAGCAAAAACAUGCGUUAAUGUAGAAAGAUCCUUCUAUUCAGUCGUCAGGAUGAUCCGCGCUAAUCGCGAAGGAGGCUAUGGCCAUCAACCUGGCACAAAGAAGAAGCAGAAAAAGAGAUGCUUGAUAUUAUAAUCAAACUAUUAUUCAAUCAGUGUCCUCCGCCAACCACAAACUGCAACUAUACAUCUACAGAGAGAAAGGAUCUCUUAAUCGGCUCAAGCUUCUUUUUAUUUUGACUCUUCUUUCUUUU